AUGUCAUACGCGUAUUUAGCUUCUACUCCAGGCUUACAGUAUAAUUAUUCGCUUUACGCCAUUCCAGUAGGAUGGCUAGUCGGAAUGGUUCCGCUCUGGUGGGCCGCUCCAGCUGCUCAGAAGUAUGCUAGAGGAUCAUUCGAUAAUGCCAAUCCUAAAGACAGUUGGCAGAAUAUGGAUGCAGCGGCCAUACCGUUGAAGAUCAAAGGAAGGAUCAAGCGGGCCAACGCAGCCCAAAACAACACGCAUGUAAAUCUACCUUUGUUUGCAGCAUCACUGGUAGCAGCCAAUGCAGCGCACGUGGAUUCUUCAUCGUUACAUCUGUAUUCUGCCAUCUGGGUAUUGAGUAGAAUAGCUUACACUUUAGCUUAUAUCUUCAUUGAGGAUCGCAAAAAGUCAGCCAUUCGUUCAGCACUAUUUGGCGUCGGAGUAAUUUCAUGCUUUGCUCUGAUCAUCAAGGCUGCCCAAAAGUACUCUGCUUUACCCUGGUAG